AUGGAUUUACUUGGAAAAUAUAUAUUUUAAAUAAAUUUAAAAUACCAUUUGUACCUGUCGAUUUUCUAACUCAUAAGUUAUAACCAGGAAUCAGUUACUAACCGAGGUCCUUUUUCCUAGACUGAUAGUGUUGAGUACUGUGUUCUGGUGUUGUUUACACACGAUUGUUGGUUUCAGACCUUUCUUUCAGCCUUACUGUAACCUGUACUUUUUUAUAGCUGCAUAAUUCCUUAUACUAUGAUAAAAAGAGGAGCAAAGGGAAAUACGAAGUGAUACUACAUAAUACAUUACAAAAAUGAAUAUUCUUCCGAAGAAAAGGUGGCAUGUUCGGACAAAAGAAAACAUCGCAAGGGUACGAAAAGAUGAAGCAGAAGCAGCAGAAAAAGCUAGACAGGAACAAUUAAGAACAGAUCAGGCAGACCGGGAACUACGAUUAAACAUCCUAAAACAAAAAAGCAAGGAGAAGUUAGAACACUUUAAUAUUCCUUCUGUUUCACAUGAAGAUAAACCAAAUGAACAUAUUAACUUGUUUUCUGAUAUUGAACACGCUGUAACUACAACCAAUGCAGAACAUGAUAAAGAGGUUAAAGACAAAAAAGAGGAAUAUGAAAAGAAAAUAGGUUAUCUUACCUAUUUGGGCCAAGACACCAAUGAAGCACUUCAAAAAAAGAAUUGGUAUGAAGUACCACCUGAGUCAUCCAGACAUUCCCGUCCAGACUAUAUAAAAGAUACUUACGAUAAAUUAGUACUAAAAGAUGCAGAUGGUAAGCCAAAGAUAAAGAGCUUCGACGAGAAAAACAAUGAAAUAGAUUGGAGGGCUAAACAGAAAAAUGACCCCUUAAAUUCAUUUAGACAUUUAACACAUACUACUGUUGGCAAAUUAUCUAGUUGUUCAAAUCAGCUGGAAAAGCCUAUUAAAAAUGUUGAAAUAAUUCCAAAGAAAAGUAUUAAAAACAAAAGUUCGGAUAAGGAAUUGAAAUUGCAAAAACUCAGGGAAGCAAGGUUAAAGCGUGAGCAACAGGAGAAGUACAAAACAGAAAUAUUUUUAAGGAAACUGAAUGGUGAACCAUUAAGGGAAGAGAGAGAAAAGAGUGAUACUAAAAUGAUUCCUAAAUAUAACUCUCAAUUCAACCCAGAGUUGGCACGGCAAAAUUAUAGAUGAAUGAUAUAUUAUGUAGUAUGUAUUUACAAGUAUGUUACAAGAUUAAAAUAAUAAUUUGUGUAAUUAAUCCCAGAAAUGAGGGUUAUCACUUUGAAAAAACAUAAAUUGUUUAGGUUUGAAAGAGCAACAUCUUAAGUCAAUAUUCUUAUAUGCAAAUAUAAGAAAUAAAGUAGAUCCUGUAGAUGAAGCCACAACCUGAGAGUUGAACAAAGCAUACAAGACAUCACUCGAACGGUUGGUUCAGUGGUAAGAGUGCUCGUACGGAACACGAGAGGAUGUGGGUUAGAGUCCCUCACCAUUCAUAAAUUUUUGUUUUCAAAUUUAUUAUAUUUAUUAAUUAUAAGACUAGUUACGUAUAAAAAUAAUUUAAUUUAUUGAUUAAUAAUGUAAUAUAAUAUUAACUUUCAUUUUAUAAUAAUAUUUUAUGUAUUGAUAAAUUAUUGCUUCAUAGAGGUAUGAGUCAGAAGAACUAAAGGUAAUUUAUCUUCUAAUUUUUCAUAAGGGUACUUGAAUGUUUCACAGAAUAUUUGUAAUGUUCUUAUAAUAAGAGAACUGUCAUGUGUCACAUCAGCUGAUUUUAAUCUGUAACAAAAAUGAAUGUUAUAUUACUUGUUAGAUCACAUACGGAAAAUUUAUUGAAUUAGGCGUUACUUUGCGGAAAUCCAUAAUUAUACAAAUGAUUUGAGUUUUCUUUAGUGUUAAUUCCGCCAAUAUUUGUUUUUAAAACAAUUUGACACGUGUUUCGCCUCUACACGAGGCAUGCUCAGGACGUGUUGUCUCGCCAAAAUCUGGCACGAGACUGAAUCAAAUGAGCCGGAAGGAAGAGAAUUAUACCCUCGUCCCAUGAAAUGACGCGCUGUGAUUGGUCGGCUGUUGUGACGAUUGGGGUAAUACCCAAGAAGAGACACGUAACAAAGGGAUGAUGGGACUAAAUUUGUUUGUUCAUUCACCAAUGUAAACAUGUUAUUUUUGUGUUUUAUUAUUUCUAAUUGCUCUAACACAUUGAGACAACACGUCCUGAGGAUGCCUCGUGUAGAGGCGAAACACGUGUAGAAUUGUUUUAAAAACAAAUAUUUGCGGAAUUAACACUACAGAAAACUUAAAUCAUUUGUAAGAUCACAUACAGUCUUGGCUAAGUCAGAGACUUCCCUAUUAUAAAUUAUCAAUUAAGGUUGGAUAUUAGAUUGUCAAUAUCCAUGUUCCAAUAAAAAAUCUAUAUAUGAAAUGAUGA